AAUACUUUAGUAAAUGUCAUAAACGGAAAGGAUGAAAAGUCACUACAGCUGACUGGUUUGUGUCAGGUUUGAAAGGUUUUUGUGUAUUUACAACAAAGAAAACUGUCUAUCUAAAAAACUAAGUUCAUUUCCGUGAGUUUAUGCAAUUGAACUUGGAAACGUUUGUUUAAGUCAAUUACGAACCGAUUGCCCACUGAUUGAAACUAGAAAACAUAAAAUCGGGAUGUUCAAUUUUGACGGUGACUUCCGACGUCGCCCACAGCAAAAUCUCGGUGGCGUUUCACAGAAAUCAGACCGUCUUAGUAUUAUCAGAAAGGCUCAGCAGGAACGGCAGAAACGGGAAGAAGUCCGUCGUCAACAGCAUGGAGCCACAGUGAUUCAGAGCUCUGCGCGAAGCUUCGUGCAGCGACAAACUGUGAAACGUCGGGAACGGGAGCAUUUUGAUGAGUAUCGGAAAGUAAACGGACUAAAGAGGCUGCCGGAUUUGGAGUAUCUGACCAAGAGAAUUAUCUUUUUCUAUCAUGCUAAGAACAGCAAAGACGGCGACCGAUUGAUUUUUCUUUGUCAAUACUUGAUCAAAAACCAAAAAGAAACAUUCGAAGUGGCAACUUCAGAACCCAUUUGGAUUUAUCGCCUGAAGAAGCUUCUAGGACUGUGUCUACAACAAAUUUUCAAUCCCGAUCAUUCAUUGACAAUACCCAUUCGCAUGUUAGAAAUAUACUCAUCCAGCAGUUACAUCGAUGAGCACAUUCAUCCCGACAACCCACAGGCUAGUCGUAAUUACCUGGAAAAUAUUUUCUGCUAUCUAAUACGUCAGCGGUACUUCCAAAUAGUUCGACAAUUGAUCGAACAAAAAAUCCCUUCGCUGGAUGAAGACACCACAGUUCUUCCGAAUCCGAUUGGUGAUGCACUGCUCCAGAUGUUUCUACGUCCGCUUCGAUUAAUAUCAACUGCAAUUACUGCAGAAAGCGAACAAUUCAACGCCAAUAUCCUUCAGUCUUUUUGUUUCUACAUUUUAUCACCGGACUUGUCUAACCAAAUUAGACACUAUAUUAUACCUUCGCUGGCAAACAGUAUAGACUUCCCAUACAUUGCCCUAGUUCGGUAUAUUGCAAACGAGUAUCAGGUUCGAUUGGAUUAUCAAAAUACAAUUUUGAUUGACAUCGAUGAUGACAUGGAUGAAGGAAUGGUUACGCCGGAUGAAGCAGCGCGCAGUGGAGGUAGUGCUAGUAAGAAACUUCGGAAAAGCCGGAACAAAGAAAGACUCCAAUUAACCAGCUCGUUGAUGUAUGCUGUUAUGAAGUUAGGAGAGAAUCAUUUUGGAAACCUCAACAGUGAACCUCUGUACAGUGCUUAUGUUAAGGUGUUAUCCUCGAUGGUGAACAAUAUAACGAAACUUCCAAGACAAAUCACUGAAGCCUACCCUCAGGAAAAGGAUGAUUCCAGCGACACCGAGUCGGAAUCUGAAGAUGUUCAUAUGUUAACCAGCAUGGAGAAUCAAACACUGGCAGACAUAAUCACCAUGCUGAACGAUAAUCGCCGGGUAAAUUUCAUGAUAGGCCACGUGGACAGUAUUUUGGAUAAACCCGACGUUGUACAGCAUCUGUGCUUAAUUUGCCACAACUUGAUGACCUACAAUAAGCUGGCAGUGUACGAGUACAAACUUUUGUAUAUGUUGGCUUCGAAACCUCAAUUUAUACGCUCACUUUGGUACACACUGACCGCGCAGACUGCCAAUCAAGGAUUUUCAUCGCCGAUUUCUCUGCUGUCUAAAGGUUUAUCAAUUUCCAAAUACGACUCGGAUAGAAUUGUACCGAUAUUAGCUUCGUUUUGUGCUUUGUUUGGAAGGCUUAUCGCCACUCUGCACGAUGGUGAAUUUUGUCAGGAGAAUAUUUUACCCGGAACGGUUAGUAAAAUAAUGCCAUUCACGAUCAGCGAAAUCAUCCCACUAAGUACAACCCUGAAGGAAAUAUCAUUAGGUUUGGUAGAAUUAGCCUUUCCCGAAACACGUUCUUCGCUUAAGGAUAGUUACAGAACGAUGCUCACUUCACUGAACAACGAGUCGACCUCACACUACCGACUGAAGUGCGAUCUUAAUGAGCAAAACAAAAACGUUUGGCCUCAUCUACUGAAGGUUUGUGUUUCGCUGUUGCGGCAAAUUCAUACCCGUGACCUGCGACGUGGUUUCUGUCCGGACGGCCACUGGACUGCACAGAAUCUGAAUCUUCCGCUGGAUAAACCCACCGAUUUGCAUCUGUCUAGAGGACGCCGUGGUCCACGGCCCUUUCAACCAAUACGGGACUUCACGCGGGAGGAUGUCGAAGAUGGGCCGCCACUUUCCACCAAGCAGAUUCGUUCUAUUACGAUUCUGCGUGAAAUUCCGUUCGUAGUGGCUUUCAACACACGAGUGGGUGUGUUCCAGGGUUUGGUGGCUGCGGAUAAACUCAGGACUCAGGGUGAUUUGCAGGGUUUCCUGCAAGGACCGUCCAUUCAGCUGACGGUGCGUAGAUCUCAUAUCUACGAGGAUGCCUUCGAUAAGCUGAGUCCGAUUAAUGAACCCGAUCUACGACCGAAGUUUCGAAUCGAAAUGGUCAAUUCUGCUGGCAUGCGUGAGGCAGGUAUCGAUGGCGGUGGUGUAUUCCGAGAAUUUCUUUCCGAGCUUCUCAAGACAGCAUUCGAUCCUCACCGAGGUUUUUUCAUGAUUACAAAGGACAAUAUGCUGUACCCGAACCCCAGUGUGGGUAAAAUAGUAGAAGACUACCAACGACACUAUUACUUCAUUGGACGUAUCCUGGGCAAGGCACUGUACGAAAACUUGCUAGUGGAGUUACCGUUGGCUGAGUUUUUUCUAUCGAAACUAGCCGGAAAACAUUCGGACGUAGAUAUUCACCAGUUGGCAUCGCUCGAUCCGGUAUUGCACAGAAAUCUAAUGUCGUUGAAGGCCUACGAAGGUGAUGUGUCAGAUCUGGGAUUAGAUUUCACUAUAGUCUGUGAUGAGCUGGGUGAAACGAGGGUAGAAGAGCUUAAAUCGAACGGUGCCAACAUAACAGUGAACUCGUCCAACCGAUUAGAGUACAUUCAACUGAUGGCAGAUUUCAAGCUGAACAAACAGAUACGAUCACAGUGCUUAGCAUUCCGGCAGGGUUUGGCCAAUGUGCUGCCUAUCGAGUGGCUAUACAUGUUUAGCAAUAAGGAGUUACAGGUGUUGAUAUCGGGUGCAGAAAUUCCAGUAGAUGUUCAUGAUCUUCGGCAGAAUACCCGGUACGGUGGCGAUUUCACAAUAGAACAUACCACUAUUCAGAUAUUCUGGAAAGUCGUCGAAGAAUUCGAUGAUAUUCAGCGGCGACAGCUGCUCAAGUUCGUGACCAGUUGUUCGCGGCCCCCGUUGUUGGGUUUUAAGGAUUUAGAUCCUCCGUUCUGCAUCCAGAACGCCGGCGACACGGAUCGUCUUCCAUCAGCAAGCACCUGUAUGAAUCUGCUCAAAUUGCCCGCAUUCGACAAAGAGGACAUGCUCCGGGAGAAACUAUUGUAUGCCAUACAGAGUGGUGCUGGCUUCGAACUGAGUUAAGGUUAGAUCUGUGUUGUGAUGAAUAAUAACGAUUGUAAUUCGUCAAUCGUACUGCUCCGUUUUUGUUUGUAUAACGCGCCGUAGAGUAAAAAUGCUCGGGCCUUGGUAUAUGUUUCCUUUAUAGUUUCGGAUGGAACGAUGUUAGUUCGAAGUGAUGCAACGGUAGGCACAUAGUUUCUGUUUGACAGGGUAAGAUGUAAGCAAUUGCGUGAACAUAUUUAUUUCAAGAUUCUAUUUUAUUUGGAAAAAAUGCUAUUCUUCGCAGAAUAACAAAAAUUACAUGGAAAAGAUGACAGCAAAUGUAAAUGAUUAAAAUCG